AAACAAACAUUUUACACCGCUUCAAUUCCUUGCCUUCUUGUUAAGCAAUUAGCAUGUUGACAGGGCUUUGUGCUUACCAUUUCAACUCAGCAUCUCAAAUGGCAAGCAGAGACAGAGAGCAAUCCAAAUGUUGCUUCAAAGAGUGGAUGGAGCUUCAAGAACAACACCUCUCAGAGCUCCUCCAAGCCCUGAAACUAGACCCCCAAAACAAAGACCAGUUAAAACAUUUAGCAGAGAAAGGCAUCUGUCACUUCCAAGAUUACAUAAACAAGAGAACCCAACUUGCCCGCAGAGACGUCUCUGCCUUCUUUGCCCCCACUUGGUGCACUUCAUGGGAAAACUCUCUGCUUUGGAUCGCUGGCUGCAGACCCUCUUUGUUUUUCAGGCUCGUUUAUGUGCUUGGCGGGUCAAAAAUGGAGUCAAAGCUCUCUGAGUUCCUCCAAGACACAAGAGAAGGCAGCCUUGGUGAGGUUCUGACGUGCUCGCAGCUCGUUGUGGUCAACAGUUUGCAGAGCAAGACCAUUAGAGAGGAGGAGAGGUUGACAGGGGAGCUGGCAGCUCUGCAAGAGGACAUAGCAGACCAGCCAAUUGCAAUGAUUGCAAAGGGUUUGAGCCAACUUGGGGAGAUGAACAGAGAAGUGGAGGAGGCUCUGGAUGAGCAUGGCCAAGCCAUGGUGAGAAUUUUGGAGGAGGCAGAUCAGUUGAGGCUAAACACUGUCAAGGAGCUUGUGAACAUAUUGACACCUCUUCAGGCUGUUGAUUUUCUGGUGGCAAGUAAGAAGCUUCACUUGUGUGUGCAUAAGUGGGGCAGGAACAGAGACCAAAAGCUUGGGAGGGAAAAUCUGGAAGAUUAAUUUUGGUAUGGAUUUUUGGGUAUUAAUUUUUAGUGACUGCAUGUAAUAAUAAAAUAAAAUGCCUUCUACAUUAAAUUUUUUUUUUUAAAGACCUUUUCUAUUAAAAUGGACGAUAACAUACUACAUUCACACGCACUAUAGACUGCACGGAUGCUAGAACUCGAAUUCAAAUAUUUUCUGUAAGAGCAUUUACUCCAAACUACUACACUAAUGGUCAUUUGCAUUUGCCUUCUACAUUUUUAGUGACUUUUAGUUACUUUGCAUCUAAUUAACUUUAUCAUCAAAUCAUUGGCUGACAUCUCUUGAUCUUACAUCACGCAAAUUGUACAAACAAAGUCCAAAGAUCACUAAUCCCUUUUUUGGGCAUCAACCAUUUUAAGCAUAUAAACUCAGGACAAUCUUUAAAUUAUUGAAGUGUGUUUAGAUUCUAGAAAAUGAAAAAAAUGCGAACCGCUUGUCAUCCACAAAUUGAGUCUUUUGGCCAGAAACAAACCCUAUUGAGGAUUAGAUUGUGGACCUUGAGCUCCACUUCAUUUGGCGCCACUCUAUGAAUGGACCAACUUUUACAACCCACCACCACCAACCACCUCCCUUCUUCUUCUUCCACAAUAUCAGAUUUGUGGCCAAUACUAGACCAUGUGGGCCACACACAACAUUCCCACAUGGCACUCACGUGGAUAUCCUUCUUGGCAUGAGUUCAUGAGGAAGCAUUGUGGUCCAAUGUGUAUGUCCACAACCUGAUUGAGCAUGCUUCUCUGUCAAUCUGUUUCUGAACAAAUUAGAGCCGUCCUAACAACGUUUCAGUUGGGCAUAUUGUAUUUUAGAGGGAGCAAGUGCUCUUAUCCAAUCGUAAACGAUUUGAUUAAACGAAAAGUGGGAAUGAUUAUCCUUAAUCUCAUUUUCUUAUUAUAGUAAUUUCUCUAACUGUAUGUUACUAUACAUAGGAGCCUAAAUGAGGUCCAGUCCUUAAGUACAAGGCAGAGAGAGCAACCAAACAUUUCUUUACUAAUUUUGCACAAAUAGCUGAAUUGGAAUUAGGGUCUUUAUUAAGAGACGUGGUUUUUGGGAGCAGAAACAAGGAUGUUGGCCGAGCAUUCUGUCCUUGAACAAGGGUUGUCUGCAGC